AUGUCGCAAGAUACUGGCCUGUUCAGUAUCAGGCGGCCUCGAGAGACUCUCGGUAGCGUACAGAACUACUCGGCGAUACCUCAGCCUGCCUCUGCCAUGAAACGUGCGAGCUCGAUCGGCUUCAACAAUCCUCCUUACACCUCACAGCAUGUGCGCUCAAACUCGCUACUCAAUUCAACGAGCCGGCCCCAGCAGCCCAACUUCACUCGAAUGUCGAUGGCCGGCCCUGAAGCUGGGCUGUCUUCGGUGCGCCGAUCUGUGUCCAGUAACAUGUUUCAUGGCGCAAAUGCCGGGCGUCAAAGCUUUGCGCCCAACUCACUCUCGUCCAAUUCCAUGUCACAGCCGAAUCUACAACGACGCAGCAGUGUCUUUUCGCGCCCUUCAGUCGGGGGUCCCAUGGGACAUCAGUCUUUCUUCAACUCGGUACCGGCUGUAGCAGGUGUGCCACGGGAUCCGCGUCCUCUCCGCGACCGAUCAUUUCAAGCGCGCAUCGGACAGGAAUUACUGGAAUACUUGACACACAACAAUUUUGAGUUGGAAAUGAAGCAUUCCCUGGGACAGAAUACUCUACGCUCGCCUACGCAAAAAGAUUUCAACUACAUCUUUCAAUUUCUCUACCAUCGUAUCGAUCCCGGCUACAAAUUUCAAAAGUCCAUGGACGCAGAAGUGCCGCCCAUCUUGAAACAAUUACGUUACCCAUUCGAAAAGGGUAUAACGAAAUCGCAAAUCUCCGCAGUCGGGGGUCAAAAUUGGUCUACUUUCUUGGGAAUGUUACACUGGCUCAUGCAAUUAGCGCAAUUGAUGCAGCGAUUCGGCAAUGGUGAGUACGACGAAGCAUGCGCAGAGGCAGGUGUUGAUGUGACUGGCGAUCGAAUCAUCUUUCGCUUUCUCACGGGAGCAUAUCAUGAUUGGCUCCAGGGCGGCGAAGAUGAGGACGAUGACACCGCGGAGCAAAGAUUGAUUCCACACAUUGAAGCAAUGUCGCAGGAAUUUGCGCGUGGGAAUGAGAAAUUUGUUCAGCAAAUGGAGGCACUGGAAUCAGAGAGUCAGGCGCUCCUGGAGCAGAUCCAGGAAAUUGAGAAGAACGCGCCGGACAUGGCCAAGCUUGACCAGCAUUUCCGGAUCCUCGAGGACGACACGAGAAAGUUCGAGGACUACAACCAGAAUGUGAAGGGCAAAAUCGAGAAGUACGAGACACGCAUUAAAUUCUUGGAGGCUGAGAUCCAAAAAGCCGACGGGGAGCUUCAAACGACCGAAAGCGAGCGUGCUGAACUUCAGGCGAGCGUCGACCGCCAAGGCAUCACCAUCCAAGAUAUUGACCGUAUGAACACCGAGCGGGAGCGACUUCAGAAGAAUCUUGAAGACAGCAUGGCUCGCUUGGAGGAGACGCACGCCCGGGUCAUGGACAAGGAGGCAGAAGCUAGUCAGAAGCUGGAAGACCUAGAGCAGAUUGUGAAGGCCUACAAUACGCUCGGGUACCAGACUAGCUUGAUUCCUUCCUCUGCUGAGAAUGCCAGGGGGCUCGACUUUGAACUCACGCUCAAUGUCAACGAAAACGAUUUCUCUUCUAGUCAGAUCGGAAACGCCUCUACACGCAUUUCAUCAGAAGGUGACCGCCUUCUCGCUGAGCCAUACACGGGCUACCACCCGGCGCAUUUACUAAAUCUCGACCUGCGGGGCUCUAUUCGCAACAGUCUACAGUCACUGCGCAAGGAUAUCAAUGAGCGGCGAAAGAAGGCCAUUGAUGAUGACUUGGAUCGCCGAAACCUACUCGACAACAUCAAGGAGGCGAUGGACGAAAAACGAAGUGAGGUUGAAGCCUUGGAACACCGACGUCGGGCAGCGGAGGAGGAAUUCGAACGGACGAAAGAAAUUACAACAACACAGAAAACUGCAUCCGAUGCUCAGAUCGAGAAGAUGGAGAAAGAGUUGGCCAAGAUGCGGGCCACGCUGAGUGAUAGCGUUCAGUUAAUGGAACAGCGCGAGAUGAAUACUAACAUUGAAUACGAGCAAUUGACUCUUCGGGCCAAUGCCCUUCGAGAGGAACUCCAUACAAAUGUGGAAACUAUGCUCAACGAUGUCAUUCGAUUCAAAGUUCAUGUACAGAAAGGUCUCGAAGAUUACGAGAGCUUUGUGGUCGACGAGGUUGAACAGGAGUUGGGUGGAGAGUUGCCCGCAGACGAAGAAGAGCUUUGA